GUCAAGACGGGUUCAAGUGGGAAAUUUGCCUGAACGUCGUUUCUCUGCCCCUGAGAAGCAAGCUCAUUUGCAAACUUCCGACAAAACAAUUGGGUUGACCAGACUUCGCGUAACCUACUGCACGCAACCUUCGUCUACCCUAACGACGAGCUGCCAAUAGUGAACAUCGCCAUCUCCCGAGCUCAAGACAGCUGCCUCAACUCUACCACUCUUCUCCUCAGUCUCGGAGCAGCUCCACAUUAGACCUUCAAGAUGCCUCCUGCCACUGCUGAAAGCGCGUCGCCCAUUGGCAUUGCCAAUCUGCCCAACCAGCGACACAAGAUUGUCGCCAAGAGAGGUGCAGCCUUCACGAUCAUGGUUGCUGGAGAGUCGGGGUUAGGCAAGACCACCUUCAUCAACACGUUGUUCUCCACUACCAUUAAGAACUACGCCGACCACAAGCGACGACAUCAGAAGCAGGUCGACAAGACCGUUGAGAUCGAGAUCACUAAGGCCGAGCUGGAGGAAAAGUUCUUCAAGGUCCGCCUGACCGUCAUCGAUACCCCCGGAUUCGGCGAUUAUGUCAACAACCGAGAUUCAUGGAUGCCCAUUAUUGAGUUUCUGGACGACCAGCACGAGUCGUACAUGCUUCAGGAGCAGCAGCCCCGCCGUCAAGACAAGAUCGAUCUCCGUGUGCACGCUUGCUUGUAUUUCAUCAGACCCACUGGCCACACACUGAAGCCUUUGGAUAUUGAGGUUAUGAAGCGACUUUGCUCAAGAGUGAACUUGAUUCCCGUCAUCGCAAAGGCUGACACCCUGAGCCCCGCCGACCUUGCCAAGUUCAAGGCCAAGAUUCGUGCAGUUAUCGAGGCCCAGAGCAUCAAGAUUUACCAACCGCCAAUUGAGGAGGACGAUGAGGCUGCUGCCCAGCACGCGCGAAGCUUGAUGGCUGCCAUGCCAUUCGCCAUUAUCGGCUCGGAAAAGGAUGUCAAGACGGGUGAUGGCCGCAUUGUCAAGGGCCGACAAUACUCGUGGGGUGUUGCCGAGGUCGAGAACGAGGACCACUGCGACUUCAAGAAGCUGCGAUCCAUCCUGAUCCGCACCCACAUGCUCGACCUCAUCCACACCACCGAGGAGCUGCAUUAUGAGGCGUACCGUGCCCAACAGAUGGAGACGCGCAAGUUCGGCGAGGCUCGCCCUCGCAAGCUCGACAACCCCAAGUACAAGGAGGAGGAGGAGGCCCUCCGCAAGCGCUUCACCGAGCAGGUUAAGAUUGAAGAGCAACGCUUCCGACAGUGGGAACAGAAGCUCAUUGCCGAGCGCGACCGUCUCAACAAAGACCUCGAGACAACCCACGCCGCGAUCAAGCAGCUCGAGACCGAACUAGAGCAAAUGCAGGGCAGCGUUGCUCGCAGCGGUCGCCGCUAAGUACCCACUAUAUACCCAGAAACCCCUUCGUUUCUGCGAUGUUAUGAGCGUCACUUCAAAACUCGUGAUACUCGCUUCCACGCAGGAUGGCGGUGACGUGUCGACGAGAAGCAUUUAUCGCGCCUGUCCUGCAGGGAUUGGGUUUAUGGAUAUGCUUACAAGCUAAUUGUGUCAGUUGGACGCGUGAUGAGACGAGGCAGCAUGCUUUAAAAGGGGCGGUGCAGGAAGAUGCCGAUGCCUCUGGUCAAGUGGUUAAGAACGUCGGAGGAUGUGAUCCGAGAUCCAGAAUAUUCUCUUUUAGUUGGGUGUCAAUUGACCCCCAUUCUUCCCGCGAUAGGUCAGGUUUUUAGUCAACGAUGUAAUCCAAUUCUAUUAU